GGCCCGCCCGCCCAGGGCGCUGUGCGCCGCGCAGGCCGCGCUCUCUCCGGCGCGAUGCGGCGCUAGGCGGCCCCGGGCAAGGCAGGCGAGGCCAGGGCGCGCGCGGCCUCCCGCAGCGGGCGGCGGCCCCGGGCGGGCGCCCCGACGGCCCCGCCGCCGCCCCGCUCCCGGCCCGCGGCCCGCCCUGCCGCGGCCAUGGCCAGUGACAGCGGCGGGUCCGGCGUGCUGAGCGCCAGCGAGCGCGACCGGCAGUACUGCGAGCUGUGCGGGAAGAUGGAGAACCUGCUGCGCUGCGGCCGCUGCCGCAGCUCCUUCUACUGCUGCAAAGAGCACCAGCGCCAGGACUGGAAGAAGCACAAGCUGGUGUGCCAGGGCGGCGAGGCCCCCCGCGCGCAGCCCGCGCCGGCGCAGCCCCGCGUCGCGCCCCCGCCCGGUGGGGCCCCCGGAGCCGCGCGCGCCGGCGGGGCGGCCCGGCGCGGGGACAGCGCGGCGGCCUCGCGCGUACCGGGCCCGGAGGACGCGGCGCAGGCCCGGAGCGGCCCCGGCCCAGCCGAGCCCGGCUCCGAGGAUCCUCCGCUUAGCCGGUCUCCCGGCCCCGAGCGCGCCAGCCUGUGCCCAGCGGGUGGCGGCCCCGGGGAGACGCUGAGUCCCGGCGGAGGGCUGCGGCCCAACGGGCAGACCAAGCCGCUGCCCGCGUUGAAGCUGGCUCUGGAGUACAUCGUGCCGUGCAUGAACAAGCACGGCAUCUGCGUGGUGGACGACUUCCUGGGCAGGGAGACCGGGCAGCAGAUCGGCGACGAGGUGCGCGCCCUGCACGACACCGGCAAGUUCACGGACGGGCAGCUGGUCAGCCAGAAGAGUGACUCUUCCAAGGACAUCCGGGGGGACCAGAUCACCUGGAUCGAGGGCAAAGAGCCCGGCUGCGAAACCAUCGGCCUGCUCAUGAGCAGCAUGGACGACCUGAUCCGCCACUGCAGCGGGAAGCUGGGCAACUACAGGAUAAACGGCCGAACGAAAGCCAUGGUUGCUUGUUACCCAGGCAAUGGAACAGGCUAUGUCCGUCACGUUGAUAACCCAAAUGGAGAUGGAAGAUGCGUGACAUGUAUAUAUUAUCUAAAUAAAGACUGGGACGCCAAGGUAAGUGGAGGUAUCCUUCGAAUUUUUCCAGAAGGCAAAGCCCAGUUUGCUGACAUUGAACCCAAAUUUGAUAGACUGCUGUUUUUCUGGUCUGACCGGCGUAACCCUCAUGAAGUACAGCCAGCAUACGCCACAAGGUACGCAAUAACUGUUUGGUAUUUUGAUGCAGAUGAGCGAGCGAGAGCUAAAGUAAAAUAUCUAACAGGUGAGAAAGGUGUGAGGGUUGAACUCAAGCCCAAUUCAGUCAGCAAAGACGUCUAGCAGGGCUUUGGGUCCAGCAGUACCCACGUCACCUACAGCCUCUCAGUUGCCUUCUGUGGACUCGUGGACAGGAUGGACAGAGAGACACCUGCCUGGUAUUUCAGCUGGGAGCCAGGCGACUUCGCCGGGUGUCAUCCAACAGAGGGCUCCAUCUGCUGGGACUGUACUGUGGGGUCAGCUCCAGAUCUGUGACUGCUCUCGGCUGCUGACCGAAGAGGAGACGCUGUCGGAGGAGAGUAGCUUUUCCAUCUGGACACGAAACAAGGGCCCUUUGUAGGAAUUUCUUCAGUCUUCUAUUUUGCCAGACCUGUCACCUAACUGAGUUCAUUUCAUCUCUUUUUUAUAUCAAGUUUUGAAUUCGGGGAAUUUUUGUAUUAGGUACAAUUUAUCAAAACUGAAUUAAGAAAAAAAAUUUACAGUAUUAUUCUCAAAAUAACAUCAAUCUAUUUUUGUAAACCUCUUCAUGCUAUUAAAUUUUGCCCUCAAGGCCUCCUGCGA